AUGGGAGAUAAUGAAAUGGCGAUGAAAACGAAGGAGGUGCCUGAGAGUCCACACCACCUCAGCCUCACCAUGUUUGGGGCUGAGAAUUUUUUGAAAGAGCCUAAAAACAUUCCCAUCAUCCUUAUAUUCAAAAUGGCAGCAAUUCAGAAAGUAGCAAACGUCGCCCGUGAAACGUUUAAGACUAUUUUAAUUGACAAAACAUUGAUAACAGAUAAGUUAAAUAUACUGAAAUGCCUCUGUAAUGAAAUAAAAGCGGCUGAUUUAAACAUAACGCUAAGUACACAAGAAGCGCUUUCUUCAAAUUCUGCUAGGCCCAGUUACUCUAGGCCCCCUGUUUCGUACAUGGAAAUAUACGAGGAUAAGGUACUUACGAUGGGUAUCUUCCUCCUCAGAAAGGGCAGUCGUAUUCCUUUGCAUGAUCAUCCAGGCAUGUACGGAUUCUGUCGAGUUCUCUAUGGUACUAUUAGUGUUGAAAGUUUUUCUCACAUAGAUAAAGACAUUAGCGAGUUGAAUGUCCCAGAAUUCGAAGAAUUUCAAGAUAAACCCGGACCAGAUAUGCGAUUUUUAACUCCUACGAAACAUAACCAGUCAGGCGAAUUUAGUUCGAAUACAGGUACGUGUGUGUUGUUACCAAGAAUUGGAAACUAUCACGAGUUAAAAGCUGUGGAUGGACCAGCUGCAUUCCUCGAUAUUCUUGCUCCACCAUAUGAACCUGAACGUGGUCGAGACUGUUUGUAUUAUAAAUUGUUAUCGGAAAAAACGGGAGAUACUAAAUGGCUGUUGCAAAUCGAUCCUCCGAGGGAUUUUUGGUGUGAUAAUUUACCUUAUCCCGGUCCUGAAGUUACUUUUGCAGAGGCACAAUAGACUUCAAAGUAGCAACUACUGUAAGCCCAUGCUGUUACUACUAUACUGAAUCAAUAGAUUUAACUGUGAUACAAUCAGAAAUAUUAACCAGUCUAGAGAGCUGUAAUACAACUCUGUAAUGAACUUUAUAUUGUAUAACCAGAAAAUGCAGAAUGUUGAUUUACAGUAUUUGUGGUUGCCAAAUGAGUAGGCCUGGACAUAAAGAAAACCUACUGCCUGAGAUUAGGUUUUAUUGAUUAAAAUAUGUUAAUUUUGUUAAUUUUAUUUUUUCAUUGUUGAUAAUAUUUAAUUAAUCUAGCAACUGAAUUUUAAA